GGUCCACCGGGAUCCAGCAUGGCGGACACCGGUGUGGCAGAGUCGCUUCUGCGGCAGGUUGAGAAGGCGGACGACGGCGUGGACAGCCUCCAACUGGCCACCAGCCUCGGGGUGGACCACCAGGUUGUCGUCGGUGCCGUGAAGAGUUUGCAGGCGCUCGGUGACGUGAUCUCAGCCGACCUGCGCUCCUCCAAACACUGGGAACUGACGGUGGAAGGGACGGAGAUCGCAGAGCAGGGCAGCCAUGAAGCCAGGGUCUUCAGCGCCGUCCUGCCGGAGGGGCUUGCUCAGGCUGACCUCAUGAAACUGUCCUUUGGGAAGAUCGGCUUCAGCAAGGCCAUGUCCAACAGAUGGAUCCGCCUGGACAAAGGUCACGAGGGCGGCCCCAGGAUAUUCAGAGCCGUGGAGAACAUCGACGACCAGGUCAGAGAGAAACUCCUCCUGGUUCAGAGUGGAAGCACAUCCCUGGACGAGAAGGAGAAGAACGAGCUGAAGAAAAGGAAACUUCUGUCUGAAGUGACGGUGAAGACCUACUGGCUCACCAAGGGCCCGUCCUUCAGCACCUCCGUCACCAAGCAGGAGACCGAGCUCACCCCAGAGAUGAUCUCCUCUGGCAGCUGGAAGGACAAGAAAUUCAAGCCGUACAACUUCGAGGCCAUGGGCGUGGCCCCGGACUGCGGGCAUCUUCACCCGCUGAUGAAGGUGCGGACGCAGUUCCGGCAGAUCUUCCUGGAGAUGGGGUUCACGGAGAUGCCGACCAACAGCUUCAUCGAAAGCUCCUUCUGGAACUUCGACUCGCUCUUCCAGCCUCAGCAGCACCCGGCCCGGGACCAGCACGACACCUUCUUUCUGUCCGACCCGGCGCAGGCGCGGCACUUCCCUCAGGAGUACCUGGAGAGGGUGAGACGGGUCCACUCCGAGGGGGGCUACGGGUCUCAGGGGUACAAGUGUGAGUGGAAGUUGGAGGAAGCUCAGAAGAACCUGCUGCGCACUCACACCACAGCGGUCAGCGCCAGGAUGCUGUACAAACUGGCUCAGCAGGAGAAGUUCACCCCCGUCAAGUACUUCUCCAUCGACCGCGUCUUCCGGAACGAGACCCUGGACGCCACCCACCUGGCCGAGUUCCACCAGAUCGAGGGUUUGGUGGCGGACUACGGGCUGACCCUGGGCGACCUCAUGGGGGUCCUGCACCAGUUCUUUACCAAACUGGGGAUCACCAAGCUGCGCUUCAAGCCGGCCUACAACCCGUACACAGAACCCAGCAUGGAGGUGUUCAGCUACCAUGAAGGACUUAAAAAGUGGGUGGAGGUGGGCAACUCUGGAGUCUUCAGACCUGAAAUGCUGCUGCCCAUGGGUCUCCCUGAGGACGUGUCGGUGAUCGCCUGGGGUCUCUCUCUGGAGAGGCCCACCAUGAUCAAGUAUGGCAUCAACAACAUCCGAGAGCUGGUGGGACACAAGGUCAACCUCCAGAUGGUCUACGACAGCCCCGUGUGUCGACUGGACUCCUGAGUGACACGCGCAACUCCUGUCAGAGACAAACCCAAAUGGAUCAUGUGAGCGGCCCCAGAACCAGAGCCGAGGAAAGCGGCGAGAACCAUAACUCUAAUGAAUAUUGAAUUCUGGAUCAUGAGAAUAAACCUUUUCCCAAAGACCGUGUGUGGCGGGGUUGAGCUUCCCAGCAGAACUGGAGCAGGUGUUUGCUCGCUCCAUUAAUGUGACUUCAACUUCUGCAACUGCUGCGUCCUGAAGGCUUGAGGUGGGUCGCUAAAUCUCUGAGAAGAUCGGAUCAAUGUGCCUCUGAUGCCUUAUAAAGCAUUGGUUCCACUUUUAUGACUGAAUGUGGCUUCACUUUUUUAUGCUUAGCCCAGUCAUUAUAAGGCAAAAACAUGCUAACGGCGCUAAAACACUGAUGCUAAAUAUUAGUUUUGUUUUUCAGUGACUUCUCGCGGCUCAAUAAGUCGUGUUUUCAAGUGAACAGCUGAAAGGUGACCGCACUGUCUGUUGUUGUUGGGGUUGAAGAUGACAAUUUUGCCAAGAGGCUUAAUAUUGUAAGCUUGUUAUGUUUGCUAAGCUAAGCGCCGUAGCUUCAGCUCCCGACAGACUCGCGCCUGGUUAUUUUGUUGUCGGAUAAAUCCGCCCGGUGUCUGUGUGUUUGGCUGCUUCCUUGGAUUUAGGAUUAAGUUUUCAGAGUUAAACUAUUUUCCCCCAACAGAUCAAACCACCUGUUGUUUAUCAGCGAAAAGAGAUUAGUUUGUUUACGCAUUUUGGUUUUCUUUUCUAUAUUUUUAA